AUGGCCGAUAGCAUUAUUAGGAAAGCUUGCGACCGUUGCCACUCCCAGAAGCUGAGCUGUAAACGAGUCGGCGACGAGGCCUGCGAACGCUGUGUCAGACUUCAGACCGAGUGCAAAUCAAGUCCCUCUCUUCGCUAUAAGAAGCAGCAACAGCAGCACGGCCAGCAAUACCAACGCCAGCAGCAGAGAACCCCAUAUCAGAAUCAACAGAAACCUCAAACACAACCAUCAGCAUAUUCUACGCCAGUGUCAAAGCCCCCUGUCGGCAGGCGUUCGCCCAAGCGUCGAAGGACAGCUUGUGAGUUGGGUCUGCUUUCAGGAGAACAAGGCAUCCCCUUCUCGUCUAUAGGAAUACCAAUCAAUCAGCAGGCCGAGGACACAUUGUCUGAGAAGCAGAGUGUCGUCGCCACUGAAGCAUCGUUGGAACCAGCAGACUUUGAUUUUAGCCAGAUUGAGAACCUCAACUUCUUUUCGCCCCCUCCGGCCGCUUCCCUGCCACACAACUCAGUUCCAGGAGGUCUUGACGCCUUUCAACCUGUCCCCACGUUCCCAGAUCCUUGGGAUCAGCAGUUGAAUCAAGCCACCGAAGCAUUCCACGCUACACCCUCAUCUUUUCAACCCGGAGACAACAGCGGGUUUCAAUCGGCCGUUCCUACACUGAGUCUGACAGAGACUCCUCACAGUCAGUCUCUUGCAGAAAAGCGCAGAAGGCCCCGUCUUAGAAACCGGCCAAGGCAAAUUGCGUUACGCCAGAUCGCAAACGCACCAGCAACACACAUAGACCCCCCAAGUAUACACUGGAUGGCGCAAUUAUCUGAAAUAAAUUCUCGGCUAUUAGACCUUGCGUCUGUCUUGCCCCAGCAGCAACCGGCAGCAUGUAAUUUUGACACGCUGGGCAGAUCAAAUGAUGAAGCGUUUGCUAACCAGGGGUUUCCAAUUGAUGAGAUGUUCAAGCUUACUCGACGAGUGGCUGAUGUCCUCGACCGGUUGUCGGCAGGAGGCGGCGCUUCUGCAACCAGAAUGGACAACUCUGACCCUGGAAACUCCAUGUUUGUUCUCUCGAUAUAUGUCCGCCUGCUCGACAUGUAUCAAAAGGUGUUCAGUCUGGUUCGCAUGGAACUGUCUCGAGUUGAUUCGGAAGCUCUCUUCCGAUUCUGGAGACUUCCUGAGGUCCAAGUUGGGUCUUUUGCCGUGGACCCUUCUCCAUCAUUGCAGAUGUCUCUUACUAUCCAGUUGGCAGAGGAGUUUCUCGCUCGUCUCCGAGUGGCGACUGCGGCCUUGGAUCCUGCCUUGAGCAAUGGCGGUGGAAGCAAAGGGGUAUCUGAAGACGGUGGGAGUGGCAAGUCAAUGUUUUCAGAUGUGGUGGACAUUUCUUUUCGAGCUGUCAAGACGAAGGAGGAGAGCCUUGGGAAGCAUCUCGCAGAGUUGCGGGAUGAAAUUGAGGCCUUUCUAAACCCUUAG